UUUCCCUGGAAGAGGAAACCUUCAACAAGGUCCCGGACAUGAAUCUCUUCAUUUAUGUCCUCCUUUUAUCAAUUUGGACAAAUAGUUGUUUAGAUAGACAAGAAAGCAAUGGAUCUGAUACUGCAGAAGCUACAACUGUUGAACCCAGGCAGAGAAGAAUUGAAGGAGUACAGCACCGGCUACUCAUUUUCAUAAUUGCUAUCAUCAUCAUCAGCUUUAUUUUAAGAUGUUAUUGUUUUAUUCACUAUGGCUGUGUGAGCAAGAAAGCCUAUGGUGCAGCAACGGUCAAGAAAGAAGACAUCACCAAAGCAUCCACGUCAUCUAAAAUAUCAUUCACUGAGUCCAAGUCACCGACUGCUGGUCCAGGCAAUCUAGAAAAACAAUUAAUGCUAUCUAGUAUAGAUAAGUCAUCUGGGCCCUCAACUCCACAAAAAGUCUCUGUUCCUUCAAGUGUAGAAAAGUUAGUCAGGCCCUCGAGUCAACAAAACCCAUCCAAGCCAUCAAAUCCCAAAAAAGUGUUAGGAUCAGUCCCCCAGGAAAAGUUGCAUAGAACACGCAGUCCAAAAAAGGCACAUAGGCGGUCUCAUGCCCAUAAGCUAGUUGGUCAGGUCAGUCCAUCCUGUGCAAAGAAAGCCAUCAAGCCAACUUGGCCAUCAAGUCUACAAUGUCCAGUCAAGCCAACCAAAAUGUCUCCACCCUAUCCAAAGAGUCAAAGUGUCCCUGUGCAAUCAAGUAUACCGAAACUGACCAAACUCCAGAGACAUCUUAAACUAAAAAGCCUGGCUAGUGAAGGUAGGGCAGAAAUAUUAUCUAGGCCUCAACCAGUGAAGUUUUGUCAAUACUACAAAGAAAAGUGCCUUGUUUGCUGUGCUGUUUCUGAGCCAUUCAUCACUCAUAUUUCAGAAGAGAAUAUGAAGCAUGUUCCAGUUCCACUUUCUUCAAGCAAACUGAAGUGCUUUUACAAGUCAUCUCACAAGACAGAGCCCAAAGACAAUGCACUGUAUGGCGACAUGAAUGAUAGCCAUUUGUCAACAUAUAGCAAUGACAGUGAGAGUGACAGGGAGAUGACUAUUAUGGGCAACAUAAAAUGCAAGGAAGCCGCCUAUAAAACCUCCCAAAAUAAUUAA